AGAAAGGAGCUGCUCUCAGUCAGUAGAGCAGUGUGCCGCUGGAGAGCUCUCUCGUCGACCGCAGGCUCCAGCUAAGAAUACGUGACAACUAACGUUUUAUUUUUCAAUUUUUAUUUAUUAAUUUCUCAUCGUGUUGUCACCUCAAACAAGAUGUAACUUGUUGACAUCACCUCAAGUAUAUUAAUGCAUUUGAAAAGAGCCGGGAGCGAGUGCGCAGAGACGAGAAGCCGAGCUGUUUUGGCGAAUGGAACUUAUUGUUGUGCAUUUGUUUUGACUAUGUUAGCCCCAAGUGAGUUUGGGUCUAGUCCGUCUCUGUCCGUCGUCGACCCUUGAAUUUUUGGGAUUUAUAUCCGAAUAGUUUAAGGGAAACAUCGAAGGAGGAUUCUGCAAAGCCAGCAAGCUUUUCCUACAGAGCCGGGGAUUUAAAUCGUCAUUUGGUGGUGCUCCGGGAGAGACGAGAAUCAAAGAAAGAAAUCCAUGUGGCCAUUCUCUCUAUAGCCAAACAUUUUUUGGGGAUUGCAUAAUGAGCAAGGAACGACCUAAGAGGAAUAUCAUUCAAAAGAAAUAUGAUGACAGUGAUGGCAUACCGUGGUCAGAGGAGCGUGUUAUGCGGAAGGUGCUUUACCUCUCCCUAAAGGAGUUUAGGAGUGCACAGAAACGGCAGCUGGAUGGUGACGGAACCCCGAACUCCAAUGGUUCCCUAGCCAAUGGGCAGCUGAACGGCUCGGGGUCAAAGGGCAGCCACAAAGAACAUGGGUCCUUGCGCUCUCAGGGCCAUGGCAGCCACGAGUACGGUGAGGACGGUCCUGCAAAGAAGAGACCUCGGCUCCAGGCCCAGAGGAAGUUUGCCCAGUCGCAGCCCAACUCGCCCAGCACUACGCCCGUCAAGGUGGCCGACCCAGGCAGCCUCAACAGCACCCUAACCACUGUGCCCUCCACAUCCUUGUCAUCGCUCUCCUCUUCGUCCCUGUCCUUGUCCAUUCAGGACCUGUCCAGACGCAAGCCCAAGACGGAGGACUUCCUCACCUUCCUUUGCCUCAGAGGUUCAUCGGCCCUGCCCAGCAACAUGGCCUACUUUGGCAGCUCCCAGGAGGAGGAGGACCUGGAGGACGAGGAGGAGGAGGAGGAGGAGGAGGAGGUGAGGAAUGGAGGUGGGAUCCACUCUCACAGUGGGGGAAGCAACAGCCAAGCCUCGGCCUCCUCCUCCUGCCACUCGACACCCCGGAAGGGCAAGCUCCCCGCCAGGCAGCCGCUGAAUGGGCAUGUUUUCAACACCCAUGGUAAAGCCGGGACCAGGGAGAGUCCGAGGCCCAAGGUGGGAACUCACGGCAGGGAUGCGCCUGCCCCGCCACUGCCACCUCCUCCGCCUCCACCUCCACCCCUCCUGAGGGAGCGCAGUGAGCGGGCGGAGGCACGGGAGCAUGCGAGGGAACAGCAGGCCCUGGCCAGCAGUAGAGGCUCAGCCAACGGGCUGCCACCGAGGAGAGCUGCUGAGGAGCUACGCAAACAGGUCUCUAAAGUGAAUGGGCUGACGCGGGCGGGCACGGCACAAGCUGUCGGUGCCAAAAAGAGCCGUGACUUCCGACUGCCGUCCAAAACUGUGAAGAAAUACACAGCCACCGUGUCCAAGGGCCACGUCACCUACACCAAAGCCAAACAGAAAGAACUGGGCAAGAAAACCAAACUCAGCAGCAGCAACAAACACAACAGCGCCGCCUCGACACCAUCGUCAGCGAACAAUCACAAUCAGCACAGCCAGCCAGCAGCCAGCAAUGGGCUGGCCAACUCAGGAAAAGCAGCGGCACCAGCCCACCACAGCAAUGCAAAAACCCGCAAACAGGUGCUAUUAUCCAAUGGGCUGCACAACGUGGCUGCUGGCGCCCGCCUCAACGGCAGGCUAAAUGGGCAGCGGCACAACACCUUGACCAGGGAGGACGGGCAGAGACAGUGUCAGCAGGGGGAGUGCCCAGGUCGAGAGGGACUGCGUAACUCCAAGCGGCGUCUGGAGGUGGUCCUCAAUUCUGUGGGGACAGGGAUUGUUGAUCACAAAGCCAAAACCACUGGCACUGAGGCCAAGAAGGCCAAGCUUCAACCCACGCCUCUGGAGACACGCAGCAGCAGCAAGAAGGCAGCCAAUCAAGAGAAAGCUGCCACACAAACCACCACCCCUACCACUCCAGUUUCUAAUGGACAUGAGUCAGACACACCCCCUUCUCCUAAACAAACUCCACCUGUUACCCCACCCCCACCUCCCACUCCCCCUCCUCAACAAACCCUGCCUCCUUCUACACCAGCAGCCAAUGCGGAGCCGGUAAACCAGCGACCCAAGCGGGCAUCAGCCGGCAAGCUGAUGUUGAUUCGACAAGCGCAGCAGCAGAGCAGGUCUCACGGUCGGAGCUCCUCCUCCUCUUCCCCCUCAUCAGGCCAGAAUCAGCCACAGAACCCCAGUCGUGCCAGCACUACCUCAGACCCCCAACAAACCUCUGUGUCCUCCUCCACCACCUCCUCUCUGCUUACUUCCACCAACAACCCCGGACUCAGGCCAGCAGCUUUUCGGCCCACUGAUCGUGACAAGGAGUGGGAGCAUGAGAAAGAGAUGGCGCGCCAGAAGGAACGUGAGCAGGAAAAGGAGUGGGAGCGCCAGCGGAGCAGGCCAGAUGGCUGGGCAGCUCUGGGUGAAGCCCCUGUCUUCCGGCCAGUGCCGCGGGAGUUCCAGGACCCUCUGGUGUACUUGGAUGCGGUGAGGGAACAGGCCGAGGUUGCUGGCAUGUGCCGCGUGGCCCCGCCACCCGACUGGCGGCCAGAGUGCAAGCUGAGCGAGGAGAUGCGUUUUGUUACACAGGUGCAGAGGGUCCACAUGCUAGGCCGGCGCUGGGGCCCCAACGUGCAGCGGCUGGCCUGCAUCCGCAAGCACCUCAAAUCUCAGGGCAUUACCAUGGAUGAGCCUCCUGUCAUUGGUGGCUGUGAAGUGGACUUGUCACGUUUUUUCCAGCUCAUUAAUGACAUGGGCGGCAUGCAGCAAGUGAUGGACCUGAAAAAGUGGACCAAGCUAGCUGACCUUCUGCGCAUCCCUAAGUCAGCGCAGGACCGGCUGGCCAAGCUGCAGGAAGCGUACCUCCAGUACAUCCUCUCCUAUGACUCGCUCGGCGCCGAGGAGCGCUUGCGACUGCAGGCUGAGGUGCUGCAGGAGAAAAAGAACCUGGAGUUGCGCCGGGGCCCUCUGGAAGGACUCUCGGACUCCUCAGCACCUUGUGCACUGGUGCUGCCACGCUAUGAGCCCAAGAAUGGGCUAGUAGGUGGGAUAGUGGGAGGGGCGACAGGGAACCACCACACCAAUGGAGUGUAUCACCAUCUGAAGGAGCUGGAGGCUCAGGUCAAAGCGGGCCGGCGCCGGCUCUUCGCUCAGGAAAAACAAGGCAAAGAGGACAGGCAGCAUGGAGAGGAGCCACAGCAGCAGGAUGAGGUGGACAAGGGCGUUCUCAGUGACCAGCACAAAUGUAUUAACAAGGGGAAAUCAGUGUCUUUGACUAACUUCUUCAGGAUAGCCCGGAACACCAUGACCAUGUGCUUUAACAAGGAACCAGGGGCUGCUGAGGUUGAGGAAGAGUACUGGAGGAUUGUGGAGCAGAGAGACAGCCAUGUGGCGGUGCAUUGUGGGAAGGUGGACACCAGUACACAUGGCAGCGGAUUCCCCACAGGAAAGUCAGAGCCAUUUUCAAAACAUGGAUGGAACCUCACUGUCCUCCCCAAUAACUCUGGAUCCAUUCUGAGGCAUCUGGGUGCUGUGCCUGGGGUGACCAUUCCCUGGCUUAACAUUGGCAUGGUCUUUUCUACCUCAUGCUGGUCUCGAGACCAAAAUCGCCUUCCAUAUAUUGAUUACUUACACACUGGUGCUGAUUGCAUUUGGUAUUCUGUCCCUGCUGAAGAGAAGGCUAAGCUGGACAAGGUGGUCCAUACACUGCUUCAGGCCAACGGCACCCCAGGACUAGAAAUGUUGGAAAAGAACAUCAUGAUCUCUCCAGAGGUGCUGUGCCGCGAAGGCAUCACGGUUUACCGUACGGUCCAGCGGAGCGGCCAGUUUGUGGUCUGCUACCCCGGUGCCUUUGUCUCUAAAGUGUGCUGUGGCUACAGCGUGUCAGAGACGGUGCACUUUGCCACACCGCACUGGAUGAACCUGGGUUACCAGGCCGCAAAGGACCUGAAAUGUCGUCGUAUAGCCAGACCUUUUUCCAUGGAGAAGCUACUGUACCAGAUUGCCACAGCCGAAUCCAAGAGAGACAAUGGCCUUCUCCUCACCACUAUCUCCGCCCUACUCAAAGACCUCAGGAACAUAGAGAUGCGCCAACGGCAGGAACUGUACAAGGCAGGUUUGCUUUCCUCUGCCCGCUACGGCACACAUGACGGCAGCCUCGGGCCCGGUGAGGGACGCAAGAAACCCCGCGGGAAAUGGCUGACACUGGAGUCCUCGGAGAGACGCUGCCAGAUCUGUCAGCAUCUCUGCUACCUGUCCAUGGUGGUUCAGGAAACUGAUAAUGUGGUCUUCUGUCUGGAGUGUGCCCUGCGUUACGUGGAGAAGCACAAGUCCUGCAGAGGCCUUAAGAUGAUGUACCGAUACGAUGAGGAGCAAAUCAACAGUUUGGUGAACCAGGUGUGUGGCCGGGCCCUGUUAAAGAACGGAGGUGGUGGAGUCGUCGUCAGUGCAGUAGGGGGGGACCCCUGCCACGGUUUAAGCCCCGCCAAAGCAUCGCCGGCGAAGCGUGGCCCCCGAAAGCGCACCACCGUGGAGGUGUCCCUGGCACGCCUGUCCUCCAGCCACAUUCCCAAGGCCGCUGCUGUGUCCUGAGAGGGACGCCACAAUAUCACCGCCCAGUAGGCUGUGCACUCCCAAACGGCCCGGUUUUGUUUUACAUUAGGCAGGAUCACUAUCAAUCCCUCCUCCACCACCCGGUUUUUAAGAUUGUUUUUUGAGCUUUGAAAAUCCCCUUACAUGACCUCAGUCUCUUCCCCACCCCACCCCCCCAAAAAUAAAUAUUCACCUCCCCCUUAGUAUGACAGGCUUGUUUAUAAAAAAGAGAAAAAGAAAAGCAAGAUGUCUUUUUUGCACUAGUGUGAAAGAACAAUUUGUUUUUUUUGUUCGUCCUUUACAACAUUACAAGCAUUAAGUGUAACGUUCACAAGAAGACUUGAUGGGCCCGGUUUUACCCUUUACCUCCAUCUUCCCUUAACUGAAAUGGGUUACAUUUGUUACCUUGUUCUUGCAUCACUCUUUCCUGCCCUCAUCUCGCCCCCUGAGACUGAACCCUGUCCCUUCUCAUCAUGCGUCACACAACUGUGAACAUGGGACAAAUGGGGGAAAAAAAAAGGCGGCCAUUUUUUUUCUCUCUCCAGUUUUGUGAAAUGAAAAUGACAUCAAGUAGUUACCCAAAGUUUCUCUCUGUCCUUGGUUUGAGGAGGAAGAGUCCUUUUUUAACAAUUUUAUUCUUUUUUGAUGCAGCUCCUGCAUUGUUUUAUUUUAUAAAAUGGGGGGUUGGUGCCGCGAGGUAAAAACUUGAAAGACAGACGUCGGUUUGUUGGUUGGUUAUUUGUUUUUUCAAGUCCUAUUUUGAAUUUUAGCUUUGUUUUUUGCUAGUUUAUUUGCAAGAAGUCUUCUGUGUAUUUUAUUUUUUUGUCAUUGUGGAUGUUUCUGUUCGUUGGUGGAUAUGAGAGGGGGGCAGAACUACAGCUGCUUGACCUGUGAAAGGUCACCGCUCAACUCACUUCCUGGUAGUAUGGAGGGAUCCCUCCUUCGCUAGCAAGUGAAAACUGUGCCUGAUACGUGGCGAGGAGAUCCAUUUUAUUGGUGCUGUUGGUUAUAAUUACUGUAUAACACAAAAAUAAAAAAAUCUGGGGGUUAGCGCCUGCUAUCGGCUAACAGCUAGCUCACGCACCCCCACCCCACAGGGCAGAAAGGCUCUCAGGCUUUUCUGGUUCUAGAUGUGCAAUCGUGUUAACAUUCCAUUCUUCCAGUCCUCUUGUUUCAUCUGUACCAGUAUACAUUAAUUAUUAUAUUAUAAUUAUUAUUUUGUGUUUUUUUACUUUGUUGGUCUGAUGUGUUAUCUCAAGUAGAGCCACUAGUCAAAGAGUAUAAAAU